CAAUACUAAAGGUACACCUCGUGACCUGCACACUCUCAUUUUCCAGCGAUUAUAACUUCUUCGCUGACGAGGACUUUUACCCGCUGCACUCUCCAUUGCUACUCUCUGAACCAAAAACUCAAGAAUAUAGAACGUCGAACCAUAUUUUUUUCUUUUACAUUUUAUUUUCUCGAGAAAAUUUCCAUUUCUUUGGAGCAUCACAGAGGCAAAGCUCAGGCGGUUAUUUUGACAAAUUUCAGCAAGAAUGCACUCUUCAUCCAAGAAAUUAGCUAGAACAAUCUCUGACCCGAAUGAGAAUCAAAACCCCAGAAAGAAAAUGCUAGCCCGUCGAGAUUUCCCCCCGAAUUGCAGCGAACGAGGUUCUUGUUCUACGAGUAUUAAUUCGAGCAACGAAGGAUCGAGUUCUGCAGCCAGUGAACAUGUGAAGCAGGUUCUGAAGUUGUUCCGCGAGACGCUUGAUAGACUGGAAAAGGAGGCCAAAUCCAAGGGAAAAAGAGCUAAUGGCCACAUGCACAAAUAUGCAGUUACCAUUAUGGGGAAGUCUAAUUUGGUUAACUCGGAUAAACGGUUGGGACAUGUUCCUGGAGUUGAGGCGGGUGAGAGAUUUCAUUAUAUGGCUGAAUUGUAUGUAACUGGGGUUCACUUGCAGCUUCAGAGAGGAAUUGAUUACUUGAAGGAAGGGGGAAUGCUGCUGGCUACAAGUAUUGUUGCUACUGAUCACCACUCCAAUUACAUGAAAUCGGCAGAUGUCUUGGUUUACGCCGGUGAAGGUGGGAAGGAUUCAGCGAAAGAUCAAGUGCUUGAACGCGGUAAUCUUGCUUUGAAGAACAGUUGGGAGCGGAAAAAGCCUGUACGAGUUGUCCUCACUGUAGGUCUUAAGAGCUGCAAGGGUUAUUCCUCAGAUUUCAACUACUGUUAUGAUGGCUUAUACAUGGUUGAGGAUGUAAAGAAAGAAAGAGGGAAAUUGGGGAAAUUUGUAUUCAAAUUUCAGUUGAAGAAAAUGUCAGGGCAGGAAGAAGUACUGAUCACGCGUGGAUCGUUACACGAAUCUGUGAAAGGGGUAUCACGUAAAGAAAUACGUAUACUGAAUGAUAUUUCUAAUGGCAGAGAGAAGAUACCAAUUCCUGUGGUGAACAAAGUUGAUGGUGAAAGACCUUUACCAUUCACUUACAUUGCAGACAUUUCUGAUCCUGAGGAUCAAAAUCAUAGUUUGUCAACUGUUUGUGAUGGUCCUGACAGAAGUAUUCAGCUUCAACUUGAGGUGUUCAAGACUGUGUCAAAAGGAUGGGGGCUUAGAUCAAGAUCAUACAUUCGAGCCGGAACAUUCAUAUGCGAAUACGUCGGAACAAUUGUUGAAUCGAAAGAAUCAUACAGUAGUUCUGGAAGUGAUGAGUAUCUGUUUGAUGCAGGAGAUGACUACGAUGAUCGUAUUCGCAACACUCAAGCUGUUCAUGAGAAAGAAUGGGGAUUUACCAUUGAUGCAGGGGAGUAUGGUAAUGUUGGAAGGUUCAUUAACCAUAGCUGUUCUUCAAAUCUGCAGGUGCAAAAUGUUUUGGAUGGCAGUAAAUUUCCUCAUGUAAUGCUGUAUGCAAAGAAGGACAUAGCUCCUCAGACAGAGUUGACGUACGACUACAAUUGCAGGUUAGCAGAAGCUCGAUACAUGAAUGGGAGUGUUAAGGCCAAGAUUUGUAUGUGUAAAUCCGUUAACUGUGCUGGAAAAUUCUACUGAUAGAGAUUUUUUUUGUCAUGUUGAUUGAGUACAUUUUAGAGGUUCUGAUAGAUUUUAGCAUACUAAUACAAUGAAAUCAAGACUCAUGUACUGCAUAGACGUUAUUAAAGGCUAAUACCACUCAAUUUCCUAAAGUUCCUUUCUGGUCAUGAUGGGUGUCCACUAUUCAGGGGUAAACUAAUCAACCUAC